AUGGACCAAUAUUCCCACGCACGUCGGACGCUGCAGCCCUCACAGCCGGAACUUGAGGAAUUUUUUGAGUCUGUCCAUGAACGAAUGAAAAGUUUGGCGAUCGCCCAGAAAUCCUACAGGGCACGAAACGAUAAGGAACUUUCGGUUCAACCUGGGGAAUUUUUCGAGGUUUUGGAUGACGUGGGUUCUUGGUGGUGCCUGCGAGCCCCCUCUGGUCGUACGGGACACGUCCCAAAGACGCAUCUCGAGAUUAUUCCAAAUCCCGCCAAGGAGGCCGAACGGUUUAACGACCAACCCAUUGAUCCUAUUGUUGUGAAGGUACCCGUAAUCGUCAAGGCCUCAGUUCAGCAUCAAGAAGUUGAAGAGCAGGUUAAGUCAAGUGCUCCGAAGAAGCCAGUCACACCACUACCCACCAUACCGCCAUCAGAGUCAACUCCUCCACCGAAAAAGCCCGAAUCUCUGGUUCCUGCACAGAGCGAACAGAAAGUCACUCCUGUCCCACCCCCUCAACCUAUUUUCCCUCCUCCCAUGAGCUACCAUGAUAGACCACCCUACCAUACGGUGGUGAAGGAGGUCAUUCGGGAAGUGCAGCCUCAUCGCCACUAUCGUCGUGCAAAGUCGAGGCACCAGAGCAAACGGGACACAUCUCCAGUGUACUCCGACGGAUCAGGCAGCUCCCGCACUUCCAAGACUAGCUCAUCUUCAGGCGUCGCCUCGUGGAUCUCUGACGGCGGGUACGAGAGGACGUUUCAGCGUCAGCAGCCUCCCUCUCGACAUCGACGUCCAAAACCACAACCACAACAACAACGCUCUACUCACCGUUCCGUGCCUCAGCCUUCAAAACCCCCGGAACCGUCGACACCGUCACACCCAUCGGGACAAUGCUGCCAUAGCGGAGCUAGAAACUCCAACUGUCGGUACAGGAGCGUGUGCUGUUACUCGUCAGCUCAUUCACGAGCCCGCUCUUCAAUAACAGAAAUGUCACAUCGUGGAUCGAGUAAAAAGGAACAAUCACAGCAGUUGCAGCAGCCCCAACAGCCGCAACAACCGAUGAUAAUUCUGCUUGAGGCACCAAAACAGGAAGCCCCACAGCCUGCCCAAAUGGCUGAGGAGCAGUCAGCGGAUGAUUACUACGAUCCUAAUAAUCAGCCGCAAAUCUCGAUUGUGCUUCCCCCCAACGCACAGGUCACACCCCAGCUGUCUGCCUACACCCAGCUACAGCAACCGCAGUACGCACAAGCGCCCAUGUACUACAACUGGUCGCCGCAAUACUACCAGGGCUAUGCGUGA